CGAAACAAGUGGAAAAACAGAAAGAGUGAAAGGAGCUGAGAAUGAACGAAAUUGGAAAAAAAAAAUUGUAGGUUUUAGAAAAUCCUAAAUCAAUGAACAGUUUGCUUAACACACAAUCAGAUUAGUUGUGUGGGUGUAUAUGCAAGUUGUUGCUAUUACAGUAUAAAGUAGAGGGAAUGAAUAUGAUAGCGGUGGAAUUAAAACGCCACAUGGCACAAGCGAGAGGGACGUUUUUUCAAUCUAUCAGCGGGGCCGGGCAAUGACAGCAGCCUGUCACUGAAUCUGCUUCUCUGCUGAGCACUGCAGCAUUCUUGGAACGGACAACAUCAAAAAAUUCUCUUCAACAAGGCCACGGAUAGGGAAUGUCUUGCUCGUAAUAAAGCUCGCUCCAUGUUGCUUGUGUAUUUUCAAGUUACGUCCCUCGUCGUAAAUUGAAAAGGGGUAUUCCGAAAAAAAAAAAAAGGGGGAUAUUCCGCAGUGGGCGUUAUUAGCCUGUACGCCAUAGUCCAGAACGCACGCAAAAGGCCCAAUCAGAAUGCACCAUCAAAUUGCGGAACACUGCUGCUCUCUAGUGGCCAGCUGCCAGUAUUGCGCCCUCAGGUGAACCCAAUCGAGUGGUUAAAGCAGCAGGGAAAGAGGCCAACCGUUUUAGCAGGAGUUCCGAAGUGCUUUGUUACCUCGCACAUUCCACAUGGCUGGAAAUAGUUUGAAGAAGCUGAAAGAGAGUUUGCACUACAUCCCAACCGGUCGACAACUGCCUAGGACGCCGCCUCCUUUCCAAGUGAAGCAACGUUUGGAAUUUCCCAAUGAAGAUGAGAAAAGUCACAUUGUGGAAUUCAAACAGGGCCCAGAGGGGGGCAGCAGCGAGCACACUGACCCAGACGUCUUUCAGGUUAACGACACAAAACCAGUUUUAGGAGCUUUCUCUGACUCCUUGGUGAACGGCAUGAAAGACUAUCAGUUAACAGCAAGUGACCAGGACUUCAUGAUGAAGAUGCAGGUGGAGAAGCAAAUAAAGCAGCUCGAGGGAGAGCUGGUGGAGUUGCGAAACAUGCUGCAAACGGAGCUGGUCUUGGAGUCCAUGUUGUACCCCGGGGACAACGUGCAAGCUGAACUUCAGAAGUCUUCAUCCUACUCUGAGCUGGUGGCGCAUCACAAGAAGGUACUUGGAUCCUUGUACUCAUCGGUCAAAGUGUUGGAGCUAAAGACCGUCUCACUGCUGGCCAUUGUGAGCAAGGAAGAUGUGGACCGAGCACCGAGCAAGAAGAAGGGGAAGAAGCAAGCAGUCAGUCAGAAGGAGACCAGUUGGAGAAAGGAGGACACAAAUGAGAGAGAACAUCUGGCGGAGCAACUUGUUGGUUACAAGACCACCAUUCAGCAGCUGAUGAGAGAUUUAUCAGACCUCAAAUCCAAACUGGCUCAAAUAGAGGCAAGAGCUCGGCUGCAACGUGGGAAUUUCACAAUAGGUCUUAACACUGUUAAAUAUUUGACUAGAUGGACAGACAAGAGGUUGUGACCCCCACGGCGCCAAAGACAAAUCUGCCGACCAGCAGGAAAGCAGCAGGCAAGGGUGCAACCAAACAAGAGGUUGUUACGAACGCAACGCCAAGGACUGAUCUCCCGACCAGCAGAAAACCGGCAGGCAAAGGUUCAAACGACCCCUCAAAGUCCAAAGCGGAGAAGACUCCCAAAGUAGCCGCAGGACAGCAGACGCCGGCGGGUCAGUCGAAACCUAAGCGAGGCGCCCGAGGGAGACCGAAGGCCGUCAGACAGGAAGCGGCGGCGGCGACAUCGCCAGUGAUAAGUGUCAAACAGCCGGAUGAGGUGAAGCGUGGUCGGCCGGCGGGAAGGCGACUUAAGCAGCAGCAGGAGGAAAAAAAGGAGGAACAAUCAAAUAUUGUGCCAAGACGCUCCAAGAGGAUUGCCAAUAGGAAGUGAUGGGACACAGCCACUUUCAAUGUUUUUACUUCAAGUUUAAGUAAUAUAUUUUAGGCCUCCAAAUAAAUAAAU